AUGAAAGGUCACGAUUGGAUCAAUACGUGUCUCCCCGACGAGUUAAUCGUCGAGAUCUUCCGCCGCAUCGACUCCAAAUCAAGCCGCGACUCAUGCUCCCUCGUCUGCAACCGCUGGCUCCGCCUCGAACGGUUCACUCGGUCCUCCAUCCGUAUCGGCGCAACCGGCUCGCCGGACCUUUUCGUUCAGCUCCUCGCUUCCCGGUUCUCCAACGUCACCGCCGUUCACAUCGAUGAACGGCUAUCUAUUUCACUCCCCGUUCAAUUGGGGAGAAGACGUGUCACCGGAGAAAAUUCGCCGGCUUCGGCAUUGAAGCUUCAUUAUGUUAAUAACAGGAAUGGAUCUUCCUCUGAGGAUAGUGAUUUUGAUUCGUUGUGUUUGUCUGAUACUGGAUUAUCUGCUCUUGCUGAUGGGUUUCCUAAGCUUGCGAAGUUGAGGUUAAUUUGGUGUUCUAAUGUUACCAGUCAUGGAUUAUCAUCACUUGCGUGGAAAUGCGCGAAUUUGAAAGCCUUGGACUUGCAGGGUUGUUAUGUUGGAGAUCAAGGCUUGGCUGCAGUUGGACAGUGUUGCAAGCAACUUGAAGAUUUGAAUCUGCGUUUCUGUGAAGGCUUGACUGAUAAGGGUUUGGUUGAAUUAGCUCUAGGUGUGGGGAAAUCAUUAAAAUCUCUCGGUGUAGCGGCUUGUGCCAAAAUAACUGACAUCUCAAUGGAAGCUGUAGCAUCACACUGUGGAUCCCUUGAGACCCUUUCUUUGGAUUCUGAGUUCAUCCACAAUCAAGGGGUGCUUGCUGUGGCUCAAGGAUGUCCAUAUUUGAAAUCUCUAAAGCUGCAGUGUAUUAAUCUUACAGACGAUGCUUUGAAAGCUGUAGGCGUUAGUUGUUUGUCUCUGGAGUUAUUGGCUCUAUAUAGUUUUCAGCGAUUUACUGAUAAGGGUUUGCGUGCUAUUGGGAAAGGAUGCAAGAAGUUAAAGAAUUUGACUUUGAGUGAUUGCUAUUUCCUAAGUGACAAGGGCUUGGAAGCAAUUGCUAUUGGGUGCAAGGAACUCACUCAUCUCGAAGUCAAUGGAUGUCACAACAUUGGAACCUUGGGACUUGAAUCUGUUGGGAAAUCAUGCCAACAUCUCUCAGAAUUAGCAUUGCUUUACUGCCAAAGAAUUGGUGAUCUUGGGCUUCUUCAGGUUGGAAAGGGAUGUCAAUUCUUGCAAGCUCUUCACUUGGUAGAUUGCUCAAGCAUUGGAGAUGAAGCCAUGUGUGGUAUAGCUAGUGGCUGCACAAAUUUAAAGAAGCUUCAUAUCCGACGCUGUUAUGAGGUACUCCAUUUGUGUUCAUGUUUGAUUUUCUAUAUGAAAAUUCCAUUCGAAAAUCCAGAUCCAACCUGGGAAUCUUUUUCUACAGGUCUGAUCAAGAGGAGUGUUAAAGGGUUUGGCAUAUCUAAAAGAUUGGCGGGUGAAAUGGUAAAACAAGAAGAGAGGAAGAGCCAAGAAAGAGCGGAGGCUGCAACCCCUGUGGUCAAGAAGAGUAUCAAAGGGGUUGGCAUAUCUAAAAGGUUGACGACUCUAGGGGUAAACAUGCUACAUGGUGUGUCCAACAAGUUUGGAGGCACAACCUUCUCCAAAGAAGAUCUUGUCACAUCAACCGAAAAAUAUUUUUGA